GUUGCAGUUGAAGGGCAGUUGGUGCUCCUUAUAUAUAUUUUUCUUCUUCAAUUCAUUGAGAGUUAUAUCGUCAAAGGACGUCCAGGUGGCAUCUCUGAUUCUCAGGCAAGCGUUUUAUUCGUGUUUCUUCGGUGGCUGCUGCAGUGUAGUUGCCCUUUCAGCUGUGCAGCUGUUUUGAUUGGUUAUUUGUUCUUCCUCGUAUUUUUUUCUUCUCUCUUCGUCAUGUUCGAUGGGCCCCUGUCUGCUGUGGGAGGGCCUUCGCGUUCGCCAGGCGGCGCCGGCGCCCUCCUCGGCCCCCCUGGGGCACCGCAGUCCCAGCACUGGCUGCGUCAGCGUGAGGAGGCGGUGCUGGCCGAGAUGAUCAACAUGGCGGUUCCACUGGACGCGCGGGGAAAUCCGGUGUCGGAGCCGUACUCCACCGCGGCGGCGAACGCAGCAGAGCCGGUCGUGACGACGUGGCGGUUGCUCAUCUUCGACGACUGGGGCCGCGACAUCAUCGCCCCCCUCUUGAAGGUUGGCCAGCUGCGCGAGCUCGGUGUCACCUUAUACUUGCACAUUGCAACAGAGCGGGACCCGGUCCCGGGUGCACCUGCCAUUUACUUCUGUGCCCCCACCGAAGAGAACAUCGCCCGCAUCGCCGACGACUGUGCGCACAGUCUGUAUGAGUGGGUGUAUUUGAACUUUACGACGCAGAUUCCACGUCCGCAGCUAGAGUCGCUGUCGCAGAAGCUGUGCAGCUCGCCGCUACAGUCGAUCCGCCAUAUCCGCGUCUUUGACCGGACGCUGAGCUACGUAGCACUCGAAAACGACCUCUUCUCCUUGAUGCUCAACAACUCCUUUGUGGUGCUGAACAAAACCAACGCGAAGGACGAGGAAAUUGAGGAGCACCUGAACCAGGUGGUGCUGGGCAUCUCGCAUGUGUGCCUCUCGAUGCAGGUGCUGCCGAUCCUCGUGCACUCCCGCUCCGGUGCAGCCACGGAAGUCGCGCGACGGCUGUCACUCCGCCUCAACGACGCACUGAACGACAAGCAGCUGACACCUGCUCCGUCGUCCGUGCUGGGCCGGCCGCUGCUGCUGUUGGUGGACCGCUCAAGCGACAUCGCGACGGCUCUGCACCACCCUUUCACCUAUCGCGGGCUGCUGGUCGAACUGGGCGGCAUGCGGCUGAACAAGUGCGCUAUUACCACUUCCGAUGGCAAGGAUGAGGUGCUCGAGGUGGACCCCGACAAGGACGAGGUCUACGUGGAGAAUGCCGGCCUCGACUUCGGUGCGGUGGGCGGCAACAUCGAGGCGGCCCUGCGUCGCUACAAGGAGGAGUACGCGGCGCUGGCGCAGGAGACGCCCGGCGGCAUCGGCGACGACGGCGGCGACGGCAACGACAUGUCAAAGUUGCUCGCCAACGCACCGGGGCUGGCGGAGCGGAAGCGCUGCCUCGACGCCCACACGAAGCUCGCCUUCAACAUCCUCAACAAAAUCCGCGCUCGCCACCUCGACCACUACCACGGCGUGGAGUUGGCGGUGCUGCAGCAGGAAGGCUUCGACGCGGAGGAGUUCCACAGCCUGCUAUCCAACGGCAUGGGGACGCCGGAAGAUCUUCAGCGGCUUUUCCUGAUUGCGUAUUUGAUGUGCACCGAGGGGGACGAUGCGCAGGUGGUGCAGGAGCACGAGAGUGCCUUUGGCGACGCCGCUGCCUUUCCCGCCCUCGCCUAUUUGAAGCACCUGCGUAACUGGUCGUUGACCACGCAGAGUCCGAGCGCCUCCCAGCCAAAUGCCAGUCAAGGCUUUGGAUGGGGCUUUGCGCAGCAGCUCGCGAAGAACAUCGCCAGUUCGCUGGGCACCAAGUCGGAGACGAUGCUGCCCUUGACAAAGCUGGUUGAUGCGCUCAUGCAGGAUGGCCCCGGCGGGGCGGGCGGUAGCGGGAGCCCGGUGCCGUACGGCAGCCCCGUUGGCGGUGGCGGCGUCGGUGCUCUACCUGCUGGCAGCAGCGGUGGGGGCUCCUCCUCCGUGUUGCGUGCGAAGCUGCUGGAGACGGUGGAGGCGUACGACCCCCGCACUAAGAAGCCGGUGGAUCUGCGCGAGGCCGUCUUUUCACAAGCCAUCGUCUUUGCCCUUGGCGGUGGCAGCGUAGCGGAGUACGACAACUUGAAAGCCUGGGAGGCGAGAAAGCAGCGCAAGUCCGUGAUGUAUGGCUGUACAUCGGUGGUCUCCGGCGAGGACAUGCUUCGUCAGUUGGCGGUGCUCGGCGCAACGCAAAAGUCGUAG